AUGGUUGUUCUUGUCUCAUCUCCUUCGUUGCCGCUUCGCACUAUAGCAGCGCUGAGGAGAGCUGUCAACACCGUCAUCAUGAACAACAAACGUCCCUUUCAAGACGAUCGCCGCUCGGGCUACGGCAACCACAAGAAGCAGAGGCACGACGGAGGAGGCUAUAGCCAGAAUGGCAAACCUCAGUACUCCUCUCAGGACAACAACGAAAGGCCGGAACAACCCCAAGACUACACCGACGCCAUCGCCAAGCUCCCCCCACCAAUAACCACCCUCCCCCCAAUCCCACCCUACACCCCCUUCACAGUCCCCACACACACCCUCCCUCCUCUCCCCCAAAUCCUCUCCCCAUCUCUAUCCCUCGCCCCCUUCCGCCACAAAUCCAGCCUAACCACCCACUCCCGCUCCUCCACCAACCCCACCACCACCGAAGAAAUCACAUACGAAAAACUCGAAUUCCUCGGCGACGCCCAACUCGAACUCCUCGCCUCUCGCCUUUUAUACACCCGCUACCCCCACCUCACAUCGGGUCAACAAUCUCAACUCCGUGAGCUGCUCGUGAAGAACGAAACCCUGGCCGAAUUUGCCCGGGCCUAUGAGUUUGAAAAGAGGGUCCAGGUGGCGGAUAUGGAGCGUAUGGUCGCUGAUUCGGUCGCGAGGCAGGGGAAUAAGGGGUUUAAUAAGGUGUUGGGGGAUGUGUUUGAGGCGUAUGUCGCUGCUGUGAUUUUAGCUGGAGGGGACGAAGGGUGGGCGGUGGUGGAGAAGUGGAUGCUUGGAUUGUGGGCGCCGAAGUUGGUGGAGGCGGCGGGGAAGGAUCGGAAUCUGCUCUCUGCUUCUACGCUGCUUCGGCAUGAUGAUGGGGAGGGAGUUGGUGGGGUGCGGAGGUAUAAUCCGGCUGCUAAGGCGGAGUUGCAGAAACUUAUCCUGGGUGGCAAGGGCACGAAGUUGGAUUAUGAGGCUUAUCAGAAGAGUGUCGAGCUGAAGGGUGAUAUGCUCGGUCAAAAUCGUCAUUUCAUCGCUGUUUAUCUUACGGGGUAUGGGCAGGAGAGACUUUUGCUUGGGAAGGGGGAGGGGAAGAAUAAGGUCGAGGCGGGGAAUUGGGCUGCGCAGGUUGCGAUGUUUGGGGAGAUGAAGGGGAUUGUGGAAGAGUGUGCUGAGCAAUUGGAGGCGUUCCGGGAGCAGAGGAGGAGGGAGAAGGAGAAGGAAGGGGCUGAGGAGGCGGCUGCUGCUGCUGCUUCGGCCACGGUGAAGGAGUGA